AACACUCAAUGUUUUUAAUGCUUCUCAUACCUCUCAAUCCUAUUUGCUUUAAAUUAACAGUUUUAAACGUAAAAUCUCUCUUGUUAAUCUUCGCUUAUAAUAACAUCAUGUUAAAAAAUUUUCGAUCAUAGUUUGUGGAACGAACGCGACGAGUUGUAAAACAUUAACAUGUCUGAACGAGUACUGCAUGUACACGAUUUGCAACGAACAGCGCGCAUCGUUUGGCUGCCAGUUAGGGAGCGUGAUAAGUAUAAUAGAUGUAUUUUUUGGUCGAACAAGCGCAAUCACAUGCCCUGAUAGAAAUGCAGCUGUUAAUAACUGCAUACCAAACGACACGCUUCACCAGCACCAAAUGGAAAAAGGAAUGCGAAUAUGUAAUAACGAAACACAUUGCAAUUUAAAAGCAUGUUAGUCUAUUUUUAUAAAAGAUUAUUCACUACGGAUGGAUACUGUUUUUGGUAAAUUUAAUGCUAAGAUCAAAAUAUUUUUGAAUUUUUUUACUUAUUGUAACGCUUGAAGGAUGUUUUUGAGAAGACCCGUUAAUAGAUAAUCAGCUUGUCAAAAUUUAAGCCGCGAUUGGUCGGCUACGGACAGAUUGGUCGGCUACGGACAAACGCCACCAAACAUGAGUUAGUAUUUAAUUUCAUUGCCUUCAUAAAACAAGUAGGACAAGAAGAACACUCGGGACAAUAAAUUGUGACAGCCUAAACUUCAGACCUUAUGGCAGUCUGUGUGAGGUAUUUUUCAGGUUUUGGCGAAAUAUUUUACCCCAGCCCAAGUUUUAAGGGUUAACAAUUAAGUACAUUGCUACAAGACAAAUUAGCCAGUUGUCUAAUACUCGAAAUAUUCUUUAUUUUUCAGCUACAGUUUUUUCAGAUGCCUGUGGUGUCAAUGUUUGGGGAGAGCCAUGUAGUGGAGUAACAAAAUAUCUAAAAGUGAAUUAUACCUGUGUGAAGAAAGGCAAGUCAUGGAAGCUGAGGAUAGCCAAACCUACUUUAUUUAUUUCUGAGAACAAAUAAUCGCGACUUGAAUUCUAAAAUUGCUCAGUAUGUUGGUUGUUGUUGAGCUACCAGAAUACGACUUGUGUCACUGUAUAUACGAUGUUACACGCAGUAUAAAAACAUACCUACAAUACUAGACAUAAAACACCAGCGGGGUCCGUUAUUUAUUACGGAUAGAUCUUACUAAACUUACUGCACGUCACAAUUCUUUUACAGAGCUUCUUUAGGAUUUUUCAGAAUAUUUGCCUAUUAACUCAAUGUGUCUAUUUUUUGUGUGCGCAGGAAGGGGGGACGAUUACCAGAGAAUUAGCUAAAAUUAAAAUUAAGGCUUUAAAUGGACCAAAUGCUGGUAUUUAGUUUCCUUUUCUAGUUUUAAGAUCCUUUGUGUAUCUGAAAAAAUCGAUAUCCCAAGAUAGAAGAAAAUAACGUUUUCAUGAUAAAAACGAACAUUUAAAACGUACGUUGUAUGUAGGACUUUGCGUCAUCAAUGACGCAUAUUUUUAAGUGCAAUUCUGAAAGUAGUUUUCAAUUUGCAAGUGGAUUACAAAGUAACUAAAUUUAAAAUAAUUUCUUUAUUUCGAUUUUUAUAAGCAAUUUUAAAGGUUUUUAAAAACACAAUGCAACAGUGAACGCAUAACGUAUAUCGAUUCCAUAAUAAAUAUAUGUUUUAUUGUAACUCAGAAAGAACAUUCGCAGAUGUAGUUGCAUUUAAAUUUGCAGUCGCAUCUUUAAAUUUAUUUAUUUCUGAUGAUAAAAUGAACAAGCCAUAAUCGCAUAGUCUAAACGCUCGUAUAUAUUUUAUCGCCAUUUUUCCGCAAUGCGCACAAAGCACACAAGUUUAUUAAUUAUCGCGUGCGCACUUUCACAAAAUUAAAAAUUAUCUACUUUAUUGUGACGGGCGUAUUUUCAUAGAAUUAUCCACAGGCUAACAAUUUAUUUCUCUUAUAAUCUGUCUGCAUUCUAUCUAUUACGAAAUGGUCGCGGCGCACCGUUAUUUCUGCAUCCUAUAGAGAGAUUCAUUACUUGGUCUUAUCAGGAACAAAAAUGCACAAGAUACUGAUGCGGGAAAUAUGUACGACGGUCGAAUUUCCGUCGAUUUUUCUACAGCCAAUGACUAGUUUCUAUGACGAUAGGCGUCGCAAGAUGCGAUAUAUAAAUGACGUGCGAACCCAUGGAUUUAUCCAUCGGCUACCGACUAUGUUAAAAUAAAAACAUGAGAUUUUCUUGUGUGUAAAUAAAAACGUACAAACUUUCUUACUUUUUUUCAAACAGAAAGCUUAAACUACUGGUCUUCAUGGAGCUCUUGGACCUUAUGUUCUACCAGUCUUGGCAUCAGAUACAGAAACAAAUCUUGCAUCAAUCCACCAUAUAAACAAUGCACGAAAAGUACGUGCAAAGGACGAUCUUUACCAAAUAAUAUAACAGAAAGUCAAAAUUGCGUGAAAGUUUACCCUUCAUCAACAGCAAACAUACAACCUACCUCCGUAAACACGAUUGCACUCACAAAAGUGGUAGCUACAUCUACAAUUUCACCAGUACGAGAAAGCUCUGUUGCACCUUCCGUUGCCAGUACAACAUCGCCAUUGUGUACCAUCCUCUCGAUAGCUGGUACAAAUAGAUUCGCUAAAGUAUAUAUGGAACUGCAUUUAAGAAUCACCUGGAAAUUGUUUUGUUGCUCACUAGAUGUGUUCAAAAAGAGAAUUGCAACUUUAGUUGACGAUAUUAAGGAACUUCAUCACGUAUAUAUUGCAAAUCUUCAGCAAUGUAAUUCUACACACAGUGCAGAUGCUUUUGUUCAUUUAUUCAUUGAAUCAGAACCAAAUAAGGUUGAUGAAACAUUAACAAGAAAGCUACAUGGAAAGAUGGAAGAAAUUUUAAAAGGAAAUGACACCUCAGAGGUCGGGAAAUACUUCAAAGACCUAAUUCGGGAUAUAAAAUUGAUAGAAGUAAACGAAAAGAAUGAAACGAAGAAGAUUUGGAAAACAUGGAAAAUAGUUAUCAUUGUUGUUGUUUCAAUUGCGUUCGUUAUUUGCCUUGCAAUUUUUAUUGUGUGGAUGAAGUCACGUGGUAAUCGCAUUCGACCAAUCAAAAAGAAUACCAAUAAUACAAUAUUACUGAAAUAGAACGUUAUUUAUUCUCGAACUGUUAUGAUGGAUAUAUCGUUUAAAGGAUGAAUAAAUACUGCGCUUUUCUUUUGGCGAAGAGCGAAGAAAUAAUUUACAACCUACAAUCAACAAUAAUGUUGAUGCAUUGAAAUGAGAAUGAAAGAGAUGUUUUCUAAAUGAUGUGCUUCCGAAAAUUAAAGAAACGAUUUAUCCUACCUUGUAGAUAUUGCUUUCGAGUUGUUUUUUAAAUAAGUUUUGGCAGCUUAAUUUUGAAAAACUAAAC